CCCCCUCCUUCACAUUUUGCAGUCGACCAUCAUCAUCGUUGAGGAAGCAAAAAAAGUUGCAGUCCGGCUCUUUAGUUCCCAUGGCGGCCGCCCAACUCUUCUUCUCUCCUCCUCUCUCCAACCCACAUCCGGCUCCCAACCACCGCCGCUGGGUACAGUCCUCCUCCAUUCUCAGCCGGCAAAACAGAGCAUCCGCCGGGAAAUUCGUAACCCGAGCCAACGGCGGGGACAUGCUGGGCGAUUUCGGGGCGAGAGACCCUUUCCCGGCGGAGGUAGAGAGCCGGUUCGGUGAGAAAGUUCUGGGAAACAUGGAUACGGAGCACAAGAUUCUGAUCCCCAACAUCUCCGCCAUGUCUCUGGCGCAGCAGGAGUGCUCCCCUGUUUCUCCCGUCCAGCCUCCCAUGUCGAAAGACGACGCCCAACGGCUCUUGAAGAAGGUUUUGGGGUGGAGAUUGUUGGAGGAGGAAGGUGGGUUGAAACUGCAGUGCUUGUGGAAGCUGAAGGAUUUCGGCUGUGGGAUUGAACUUAUCAACAGAAUCCACAGAGUGACGGAGGCUUCGGGCCAUUUCCCCAACCUGCAUUUGGAACACCCGAACCAAGUGAGGGCUGAGCUGUGGACUAGAACCAUUGGAGGGUUGACUAUGAACGAUUUCAUCGUUGCUGCCAAGAUAGAUGCGAUUAAGACCUCAGAUCUCGCACCCAGGAAGCGGCGACGAUCAAGAAGAAUGGCUGGCCGUGUUGCAAUAACAUCAAAACUCGAGCUAAAGCCUCCUCCAUAUCCCAUGGAUGCAUUGGAGCCACACAUGAGCAAGGAAACAUUUGAGUAUCACUGGGGAAAGCAUCACAGGGCCUAUGUAGACAACCUCAACAAGCAAAUCGAUGGGACGGACUUUGAAAACAUGUCACUGGGAGAUGUUGUGGUUGCUACAUACAACAAGGGAGAUGUGCUCCCAGCUUUCAACAAUGCUGCCCAGGCUUGGAACCAUGAGUUCUUCUGGGAAUCCAUGAAGCCAGGAGGUGGAGGGAAGCCAUCGGGGGAGCUACUGACGUUGAUCAAAAGGGACUUCGGUUCUUUCGAGAAGUUUGCGCAGGAGUUCAGGACAGCUGCAUCUACCCAGUUUGGUUCUGGAUGGGCUUGGCUUGUCUACAAAGCAAACAGGCUCGACGUUGAAAAUGCAGUAAACCCUAUUCCGUCGGAGGAGGACAAAAAGCUUGUGGUGGUGAAGAGUCCAAAUGCUGUAAAUCCCCUCGUUUGGGAUUAUGAUCAUGCUUACUACCUCGACUUUCAGAAUCGACGACCUGACUACAUAUCCACCUUCAUGGAGAAGCUAGUGUCCUGGGAAGCAGUGAAUGCUAGACUUGAAGCAGCGAAAGCUCGUGCGUCUAAGAGAGAAGAAGAAGAAGAGAUGAAGAAAAGGGAGGAAGGUGACAUUGGUGACAGCCAGCCAGUAGAGAUGUUUGUAGAUGGUGAUGGUCAGGACGAUGACUCAGACGAUUAGUGCUUUCGUAUUUCGAAUGAUGGCUUUGUGUAAGGACCAUCACAUUUUCAAUGAGAUUGCUUUAGUUUCCAGUUCUGUAGAUUAUGAACUUCCUAAUAGUAUUAUAUAGUACACAUUAAAAACUAAGAAACACACACAUAGUAACUACAAAAAUUGUUCAAGAAAACAACAAAACAGUAAGAAGAAGAAGAAGAAGAAAAACAAAUAUUUAACCAGAUUUAUCUUUCUUAACAGCCUUGUUGACCACCCUACAAGAACUCCUAAUCUCACCCUGCGUCCCCGUCAGGACACCCACGGCUCCCAGCCGGACCAUGGCCGCCCCAAACCUCGCCGGAAAAUCCACCGAAUUCGCCAGGUUCGCGAUGAUCGGCCUCGUGAACCUGUUCAUCCCGAGCUCCUGGUCGAUCUGCAGCACCCCUCGACGCAGCAGUAUGUUCUGGUAGUACGAAUUGUCGAGCACCAGCGGGCUGAACGGGUUCUGGUCGAGGUUCACGGUGUUCUCGAUCGCGUUGAUCGGGCACCUCGACCGCAACGUGUUGACGGUGAACUGGUCCAUGGAAGGGUCGGGCUUGCCGCUGCCCUUGAAGUUGUGGAUGCGCUCGCUGAGGAAGGAGCAGUGUGCCACUCCAACGGAAUGAGCACCUAGAAGGAGGACCAUGUCGACGGCGGUGAGGCCCUUAUCGGCGAAAGCGGCAAUGGCUUGCGGGACUGUGAUGGAUGGGCCUGGGAGAGUCACGUUUGCUAUGUCGGCCGACGAAACAAGCCCAUCUCUUCUCCCCGUUUGGACUCUGUAUAUCCCUCCCCCGCUCUGCUCAAGGGGAAAGCCCAAUAAGUAAAAAGAGUUUAAAAGCCCACAUUAGCACAUGAUUAUUAGUUCAGAGAGACAUAGAAGAGACAAGAGAGGCACAAGUAUCUGAAAAAUGAAGAAGAAACCCUA